UCUAGCUAAGUUUUCUGUUCAUCCUCUUUCCAGUUCCGGCUGAAUCCUUCCCAUGGAGCUGCUCGCGCCGACCGACAUGAAUGCACUGCCGGAAAGCUGCGUUUCCGCGAUCCUCUCCUUUGUGUCUCCGGCCAACGUGUGCCGGCUCUCCCUGGUGUCCUCCACGUUCCUGUCGGCAGCCGACUCCGACAUUAUCUGGGCACGGUUCCUGCCGUCCGAUCACGCCGAUAUCGUCUCCCGUUCGGCCGCUCCUGUUGAGUUCUCUUCGAAGAAAGAGCUCUUUCUUUGGCUCUGCCAACGCCCUCUCCUCAUAGAUGGUGGCAGAAAGAGCUUCAAGCUGGAGAGAUCGUCCGGAGCAGUAUCUUACGUAUUAUCAACAAGAGAGCUUUCCAUAAACUGGAGCGACGAUCCCGCGCAUUGGAUCUGGAAAACCCUGCCCGAGUCGAGGUUCAAAGAGGUGGCUGAGUUGAGAACGAUCGAUCGGCUACAAAUCGAAGGGAGCAUCAAGACCAACGCCCUGUCCCCAAACACUCUCUACGGGACGCACCUCAUCUUCAAGGUCUCUGACCGUGCUUUCGGGCUCGACCUGAUGCCCCUCGAGACGUCGAUCGAGAUGGGCAGCUGGGUCCGACAAGGCACGGCCCGUCUGCAACACCCUGAUCAGAAGAAGCGCCACCUCGAGGGCCUAAUGUACGCGAACCGCUUGGAAAUGGUUAGGAAGUAUUGGGAGGCGGAGGGAGAUCAUCGAGGAGGCGGCGGAGUGCCAAGCGAGAGAGGGGAUGGGUGGAUGGAGGUGGAGGUUGGAGAGUUCCUGGUGGGAAGUGGGGGUGAAGGAGACGGGGAGGUAAGGAUGAGCUUGAGGGAAGUGAAGGGCUAUCAACUGAAAGGUGGGCUUGUGGUUGAAGGCAUUGAGGUGAGGCCCAAGAGCCUGGUCCAGUAAAUAGAGAUGGAUGGGCCUUGUUUUGGUUACUUGUGUGGCCCAUGACAGUGAUAAUAGGAAAGAGAAGGAGGCAGUUAUAAUGGCAUGAUUGAUGGUGAAAUGAUUUGAGUUUUUUUUUUUUUUGAACAAGUGAAAUGAUUUGAGUUCAUUCUUUGAUUUUGUGCUUGUUUCUUUGGUAAGAAUGUAAUGCUAGCCAG